GCGUCUUCCCAGCUGCACCCGAUUCCCCGCCUUCUGCAUCCGGGUGCCGCGGCGCGGAUAAGAGCCGGACCGCGCCUGCGCGCCCAGCCCCAUUCCUUCGACCUCUGCUGAGUCGGCCGCUGCCACCUCCUGGGAAGAGAGGAAGCGGGAGAGGAGCCCUAGUCGCCUGUCACCCAAGUCCUCCAGCCGCGCCGCCCCGAAGAGUGCAAGAUGUUCGCCUGCGCCAAGCUCGCCUGCACCCCAGCUCUGAUCCGAGCUGGAUCCAGAGUUGCAUACAGACCAAUUUCUGCAUCAGUGUUAUCUCGACCGGAGGCUAGGACUGGAGAGAGCUCUGCGGUAUUUAAUGGGGCCCAGAAUGGUGUGUCUCAGUUAAUCCAAAGGGAGUUCCAGACCAGUGCAGUCAGCAGAGACAUUGAUACUGCGGCCAAAUUUAUAGGUGCAGGUGCUGCAACAGUAGGAGUGGCCGGUUCUGGUGCUGGUAUUGGCACAGUCUUCGGCAGCCUCAUCAUUGGUUACGCCAGAAACCCUUCGCUGAAACAGCAGCUGUUCUCAUAUGCUAUCCUGGGAUUUGCCUUGUCUGAAGCUAUGGGUCUCUUUUGUUUGAUGGUUGCUUUCUUGAUUUUGUUUGCCAUGUAACAGAAAUUACUGCUUGAAAUGUUGGCAUUCAUGUUAAUUACGGAUGUAAUUCUGUGUAUCUUAACUGUGACUCCAAAAACUGUAGCAUUGGUGUCAUGAAAAUGUACGUUAUUUCCAAAGUCAUUUCAUUAAAGAUGAAAACUUUAAUUUUUGCUGUGAUUUGUACUACCUAAAUUUAAAUUUAGAUCAUCACAAAGAAGAACAUGUAUUCAGGCAGAGGCUGUACAAGUCAGAGGAAACUACUGCAGUUGCCCUGGUGAUGGAAAAGAUCCUAAUGUAAUUUUUAUGGGAAUUCUUUUAUACAGUGUUCUGAACAUUGUAAAUUAUAGGGCUUUUGUUUAUUCAUGUAAAGGGGGAAUGUUUGAGUGCUUUGAGCUUCUAUGAAAUAUGAUUAAUUAAAUCAAGAUAUUAAUUACUCAA